AUGUCCGCUGCCAGCACUCCAUCUGCAUCGCGGUCUGGAACUCCCUUAGGCACAACCACGCGAUCGCAGUCAUCGACGUCCAGAAAAGCAACUCGCCCAUCACCACCACCCUCCUCUACCUCACGCUCCAAAUCCGAUUCAACUGAUGGUCGUCCCACGACCGCCAAUUAUUUCUCCUACCCGGUGAGCCGCGUGGUAUCAGGUCUGUACCGACGCCUCACAGACCCAUCGCAAGAAGGACAACCGCAAACCCGCAAUGCGAACAAGAACAACAACAACAACAGAAAUAUGUCCUCCUCCACACACUCUUCCUCGACAAUCUACACCCCCAAACGCACUGCCUCACCUUUCCAACCACCUCCCCUCACACCUCUAACCCUCAAAUCCCUCUCGAGCGCUACCUACCGCCAUAUCCUCACGCGCGCACUCGCCGAGGAGAUUCGGCUGUUGGUACCGCCGCGGUUGCAACUGGUGGACACAUGGCAUUUAGCAUAUUCGUUGGAGCGCGAUGGCUCGUCCCUAGGUACUCUGUAUGAUGCCUGCAGGCAGGUAUCCGAGCGCAGUCCCAGGGCCGGCUACGUGCUGGUAGUCCGCGACACAUCCGACGGCGCUGUUUUCGGUGCGUAUUUGACUGAUCCGCCGCAUCCCAGUCCGCAUUUUUAUGGCACGGGUGAGUGUUUUCUGUGGCGCGCGAGCGUGUUAGCGUCUACGCCGUUGCUGUUGAGUCAUGGACAACAACAACACCAUCAACACCAUCAACGUAUUGGCGGCAGUGGAGCGGGUGAAGACUUCGACGCCUUUCAGACAAUGACAGACGAAGAGCUGCGCAGAGCCGGGUUCCCUCCCCCGCCCAGCGCGGACACCACGAAUGCCGUUCGCAGCACAACGCUAAGAGCGAGCACGCCUACUCCAAGCAUAAACGAGAAACAGAGUGCGGCUGUUAGCGCAAACCUACUUGAAUUACCCAGUGAUGGGUUAAGUGCGAAUGGAAGUCGGAGUGGGACGAGCACACCGGAGCGCAUUCGGUUCAAAGCGUUUCCGUAUAGUGGUGUUAAUGACUAUAUGAUGUUCUGCGAGACGGGGUUUCUGAGCGUUGGGGGAGGUGACGGCCACUAUGGUCUCUGGAUUGAUGACUCCGUUGAAAAAGGUGUGAGUGCGUCUUGCCCAACAUUUGGCAAUGAGCAUCUUUCAGACGAGGGCAUGAAAUUCGAUAUUCUGGGGGUUGAGGUUUGGGCUGUAGGAUCCUCAUGA